AUGGAUGUGGGAGAAACGGCAAGACGCCUACUAGAUGUACACGUUCCAGAUGACCGAGCAGAAGAGGGACACACCCAAACAGUAAGACAUCAGGAAAGAGGCAAGUCGAUCUGUCUGCUAUCAGCUAUUGGGAAGCUCUUUGAGAAACUUCUAAUGUUGCGCCUAACGGACACGGCGUUAGCGCCAGAUAGAAUUUCCGAUCGACAAUUUGGCUUCAUGCCAGGAAGAUCGACUGAAGAUGCAAUUGUUGAACUGCGCCAAAUGGUUUCCAGGGCAGAGGACGGCUAUGUAGUCGCUCUGCUCUUCGACAUAUCGAGGGCCUUUGACAAUGUCUGGUGGCCCUUGGUAUUCCAGGCUCUCAAGGAAAGGGAAUGCCCCCGAAACGUGUUCGGGGUGCUCCAAAGCUUCAAGGAUCGACAGGUCGUAAUAUCAAGUGGCGAAAUCGCUAUAUCCAAGCGAGCCACACGAAGAUGCCCGCAAGGUUCGGUGUUCGGACCAGGUGGCUGGAACCUUAUGUUUGAUGGACUACUUAAAGUCCUAGAUAACGUUGUAAAGGACCAAUACAUCGCGUACGCGGAUGAUCUUCUGGUCCUGGUGACUGGAAGCUUCCGGAGAGAGAUCGAAGUAAAAGGCCAAAGGGUAGUCAACGAGAUCAGUGAGUGGUGUAGGAUGGCCAAACUCCAAAUCUCGGAGCAAAAGACUGAGGCUAUCUUGCUCAGGAGCAAAGAGAUCAGGAGGGCCCAAACAACAGCCCGCCCGGGCAGGGUCAGGCAAGGGAGAAAGAAACUCGUAGGGUUCGAGAGCAGGCCGCCUAUCAUUAGGCUGGGAAGCUCAAAAAUAAAAUUCAAGGACUCUGUCAGGUACCUAGGGGUACAUUUCGACAAAGGCAUGAAGGAUGAGGACGUAGCCAUUUUAAUCGAUUGUAUCGAACAGCUUGAGACUACUAAUGUUGAAUCUCCUCAUACGAGUACCAGCGCUAAUAAUAGUGAUAACGUUAUGACCCACGCAGAUGCAGUUACUAAUCAUGACAACACUACAGUCUUGUUAGAAGGAUGUGGUUGGAUGUGGGAUGAAUUUCUUUUAUUACCACAGCGAUCUUCAUUGAAAGCAAAACAGGACAAUGAAAAUAUAAUUGAUAUCACGCAAGAUAUUAAUUUGGUUAAGCCUGCAUCAAUAAGUAACGUCAACAAGAACAAUGAUAAUGAUAUAUCAACAAUACAAACGGGAAGCGGUCGCACAUUGCUACAAAAAUCGAACCGUGAUACUGCUACAGAGAAAGAAGAAGAAGAAGAAGAACAAGAAGAAGAAAGAAAUAUGAUGUUGCAGAACGAUCAAGAGCGUGCGGAAGAGGUAGAAAGAGCAGAUGUGCAGAACGAUCGAGAUAGGGUAGAACCGAAAACAUUCGAUAUAUCACGAGAAAAUCGACGUUAUUUUCCACGAUUUGACGCUCACGGUCGUGAAAUAACAAUCGCUGUACGACAACCGACAGAGGAUCUGAACCCGUUAAUAUGGUUGGAUGAAGUAUUUGCAGAGAUUCACGCAUAUCUUACAGGUUCGUGUAACCCAGACGAUUACAUAGGGGUGACAUUUACAGCAGACGCUUUCGCUCAUGGUCCUGUAUGGCUGUCUUAUCGAUAUGUACGCGACUUGCAAUAUAUAGAUUUGUGGGAAUUAGUGAAUCGAGCCGCCCAAAGUGCCACCGAUUUUUGUAUUAACGAUAGUUGUACAUUAACAUGUUGUAUAAUACGACAUAUGAGCGGGGGUUCACGAAGAAAAUUAACGCAUGAUAACGUAGCAAAACGGUCGAUAUUAACAAUAACAAAUACCGAUAACCUUUGCCUACCGCGUUCAUUAGUAGCUGCACGGGCGUACGUGGAACGAGGUGAAAUCCGCUCGGGCGAAUUGCAUCGUCGUUGGAUGUCAAUAAGAUUAUCUCGGGGAAAGUUACAAAAAGAGGCGGCUCUCGAGCUUGUAAGAAAUGCUAAAAUAGAUAUACCAAGCGGGGGAUGCUCUGUAGCGGAAUUAAAACAUUUUCAAAAAUACUUAGCAAACGUCGGUAUAGCUAUUGUCGUGUAUGAAGUCGAUACAUUGGGUCGUGGUGGCGCGGCAUUAUACGACGGUACAGACUAUGGUCAGGGCGUGCGUCCAGGCGGGACGCAAAUGGGCAGGCCCCCCGUGGUCCCCGUGGGCGUGUCGCGUGCGCCCUGGGCUUUGGCCCGGGACGCCCGCUUCACGGCUAAACUGCUCAUCUUGCGCAAACGAACCGUGCAAGCGCUGCUGGAUUUUUCCAUCGCCACUCUCGGGGCGGUUGGUUUUGCAAAAAUAGUGGAUGGCAUAAUGUUGCGUAUGCCCGUUCGGGCGAGGAAGCACGUGGGCGGUCACUUGUGA